AUGUCGACAGAAGCUCGAAGUGAAACUGAUCAGUACAUGAACAACUUGCCAAGAGAAUCUAAAGGUGAAAUUCGCCAUCAUCUGCAUGGGCAUGAAAGCAUCAGUUAUGGAAGGCCUUAUUUUGCCAUAUUAUUGGCUGCCUUCUCCUCGUUGGGUGGAUACUUUUUUGGCUAUGAUCAAGGUGUAACGGGUGGUGUUGUUGUCAUGAGUUCAUUUAAGAACGACUUUUGUGUUGGUGUGUAUGGUGAUGAACGCACCUGUGAUCUACCAGUCGCAGGUUUGCCUGCAGGUUAUCGACGAUUUUUAGUACUCUUCACUUUACUAUAUAAUGUCGGGUGUUUUCUCGGUUCUGUGUUCAUUUGUUCAUUUGUGGCGGAAAAAUUUGGACGUCGAUCCAUUAUUUUCACAUCAGCAGUUCUAUUUUUAACUGGUACGUCGAUGGUGAUCUUUCCUCCGGGUGGUUCUAAAAACAUAAUGAUUCUGAUACUUAUUGGAAGAGUUGUCGAAGGAGCAGGGGUUGGUUGUUCUUCAUUUUCCUGUCCAUUAUAUGCUUCGGAAAUAGCUCCAACAAAUCUACGUGGAAUGCUUUCUGGAUUCAUGCAGAUGACAGUGGUAAUCGGAUUAUUUGGUGCCAAUGUAGUCAAUUUAUUAUUACAAAGUCAUAAAUGGGGCUGGCGAUUGUCAAAUGGAAUUAUUUUGAUUGCUCCAAUUACAAUUAUAGUUGGCAUAUUUUUCUGUCCUGAAACUCCUCGAUGGUUGUUCCAAAACAAGGGCCGAAAGGCAGCAGAAGAAAGUCUAAAGCGUAUUCGUAAAACAGACAAUGUAACUGCUGAAUUGGACGCUAUAGCUGAUACUGUUAAAGAAAUGGGAAAUGAAAUGCCAAUCAAAGAAUUUUUCACAACAAAGAAAGUACUUGCAAGACUUGGCAUUGGUAUCGGUGUCCAUGUUUUAUCACAAACAACGGGUAUCAAUCCUAUAUUUGUAUAUGGUGGUAUUAUUUAUCAAAGUGUGCUCGGUAAUGGGAUACUAUCAUUAUUGAUCUUAUCUGGCACAGUUCUUCUGUGCACUAUUCCGGCCUUGUUCUUAUUUGAUAGAUUAGGACGUCGAAACCUGCUCAUGUUUGGAGGCAUAGCUAUGGUAGGAGGCCACUUUGUAUCGGCAACAAUAUUUGUCUCAAAUUGUCAAAUUAAACGAAAACUCACCAAUGACAGUGCAAUAAUUCAAGAAAUUGUAGAUUGUAGUGGUAGCUCUGGCACACUAAUGCUUGUCUUUACUGCAAUUUUUGUAGCCUCUUUUGCGAUAUCUUGGGGACCCAUCUCCUGGAUCUAUGCAGCCGAAAUUUUUCCUCUUAAUGUGAGAUCUAGAGCUGUUUCAAUAACAACAGGUAGUAACUGGUUGACAGGUAUAAUUUUGUCUUACAUAUUGGAAUUGAUAGCUCCAUUAGGCAUACAUGGAAUAUUUUAUUUGUUCGGUAGUCUGACUGUAUUAGCUGUUAUAUUUGUGUAUCUUUUCUGUCCAGAAACGAAAGGUAUUUUGUUAGAAGAUAUUGAAGAAACAUUUGAUAAUUUCCAGCUGCAGAACAGAACAAUAAUACGAAUAGUACGUCAAUCAUUUCAGCGGAGCAAAAAAACGAAUACGAAAGUGAAUGCAAUAGAAAUGGAAUGA